GGUGGCUGCGGCGUGGCGGCCGGCUCAGCUGCGCCGGGCGGAGGCGGCGCCGGGGCCGCGCCUGUAGGACCUCAGGGCCGGCGCGGCGAGAUGGGGACCCGGCGCGGGGAGUGAGGUGGCGGCGGCGGCGAGCGGAACUUCAGCCAGAGGGGCACUCCCGCUUCCCCCUCUGGCUCCUCAGCUUCCACCUGCAGCCCCUCGGCCCCCGCGUGCCGCGGGACCGGGACGGCGACGGCGGGGGCAUGUGGCGCUGGGUUCGGCAGCAGCUGGGUUUUGACCCACCACAUCAAAGUGACACAAGAACUAUUUACAUAGCCAACAGGUUUCCUCAGAAUGGCCUUUACACACCUCAGAAAUUUAUAGAUAACCGGAUCAUUUCAUCUAAGUAUACUGUGUGGAAUUUUGUUCCAAAAAAUUUAUUUGAACAAUUCAGAAGAGUGGCAAACUUUUAUUUUCUUAUUAUAUUUUUGGUUCAGCUUAUGAUUGAUACACCUACCAGUCCAAUUACCAGUGGACUUCCAUUAUUCUUUGUGAUAACAGUAACCGCCAUAAAGCAGGGAUAUGAAGAUUGGUUACGACAUAACUCAGAUAAUGAAGUAAAUGGAGCUCCUGUUUAUGUUGUUCGAAGUGGUGGCCUUGUAAAAACUAGAUCAAAAAACAUUCGGGUGGGUGAUAUUGUUCGAAUAGCCAAAGAUGAAAUUUUCCCUGCAGAUUUGGUGCUUCUGUCCUCAGAUCGGCUUGAUGGUUCUUGUCACGUUACAACUGCUAGUUUGGAUGGAGAAACUAACCUCAAGACACACGUGGCAGUUCCAGAAACAGCAGUAUUACAAACAGUUGCCAGCUUGGACACUCUUGUAGCUGUGAUAGAAUGUCAGCAACCAGAAGCAGACUUGUACAGAUUCAUGGGAAGAAUGAUAAUAACUCAGCAAAUGGAAGAAAUUGUAAGGCCUCUGGGGCCAGAGAGUCUCUUGCUUCGUGGAGCCAGGUUAAAAAAUACAAAGGAAAUUUUUGGUGUUGCUAUAUACACUGGAAUGGAAACAAAGAUGGCAUUAAAUUACAAGAGCAAGUCACAGAAACGAUCUGCAGUAGAAAAGUCAAUGAAUACAUUUUUGAUAAUUUAUCUAAUAAUCCUUAUUUCUGAAGCCAUCAUCAGUACUAUCUUGAAAUAUACAUGGCAAGCUGAAGAAAAAUGGGAUGAACCUUGGUAUAACCAAAAAACAGAACAUCAAAGAAAUAGUAGUAAGAUUCUGAGAUUCAUUUCAGACUUCCUUGCCUUUUUGGUACUCUACAAUUUCAUCAUUCCAAUUUCAUUAUAUGUGACAGUCGAAAUGCAAAAAUUUCUUGGAUCAUUUUUUAUUGGCUGGGAUCUUGAUCUCUAUCAUGAAGAAUCAGACCAGAAAGCUCAAGUCAAUACUUCUGAUCUGAAUGAAGAGCUUGGACAGGUGGAAUAUGUGUUUACAGAUAAAACGGGCACAUUGACAGAAAAUGAGAUGCAGUUUCGGGAGUGUUCAAUUAAUGGCAUAAAAUACCAAGAAAUCAAUGGUAGACUUGUCUCUGAAGGACCAACACCAGACUCUUCAGAUGGAAACUUAUCUUAUCUUAAUAGUUUAUCCCAUCUUAACAACUUAUCCCAUCUUACAACUAGUUCUUCUUUUAGGACCAGUCCUGAAAAUGAAACUGAACUAAUUAAAGAACAUGAUCUCUUCUUUAAAGCAGUCAGUCUCUGUCACACUGUACAGAUUAGCAACGUUCAGACUGAUGGCAUUGGUGAUGGUCCCUGGCAAUCCAACCUUGCACCCUCCCAGUUGGAGUACUAUGCAUCUUCACCAGAUGAAAAAGCUCUAGUGGAAGCUGCUGCAAGAAUUGGCAUUGUAUUUAUUGGCAAUUCUGAAGAAACUAUGGAAGUUAAAACACUUGGAAAACUGGAACGGUACAAACUGCUUCAUAUUCUCGAAUUUGACUCAGAUCGUAGGAGAAUGAGUGUGAUUGUUCAGGCACCUUCAGGUGAGAAGUUUUUAUUUGCUAAAGGAGCUGAAUCAUCAAUUCUUCCUAAUUGUGUAGGUGGAGAAAUAGAAAAAACCAGAAUUCAUGUAGAUGAAUUUGCUUUGAAAGGGCUAAGAACUCUGUGUAUGGCCUAUAAACAGUUGACGUCUAAAGAGUAUGAGGAAAUAGAUAGACGUCUUUUUGAAGCCAGAACUGCCUUGCAACAACGGGAAGAGAAAUUGGCAGAUGUCUUCCAAUUCAUAGAGAAAAAUCUGAUAUUACUUGGAGCUACAGCAGUGGAAGACAGGCUACAAGAUAGAGUUCGAGAAACUAUUGAGGGAUUAAGAAUGGCUGGUAUCAAAGUAUGGGUACUAACCGGAGAUAAACAUGAAACAGCUGUUAGUGUGAGUUUAUCAUGUGGACAUUUUCACAGAACCAUGAACAUCCUUGAACUUAUAAACCAGAAAUCAGACAGUCAAUGUGCUGAACAAUUGAGGCAGCUUGCCCGAAGAAUUAAAGAGGAUCAUGUGAUUCAGCAUGGGCUGGUGGUAGAUGGGACUAGCCUGUCUCUUGCACUCAGGGAGCAUGAAAAACUAUUUAUGGAAGUUUGCAGAAAUUGUUCAGCUGUACUGUGCUGUCGUAUGGCACCACUGCAAAAAGCAAAGGUAAUAAGACUGAUAAAAAUCUCACCUGAGAAACCUAUAACAUUGGCUGUUGGUGAUGGUGCUAAUGAUGUAAGCAUGAUACAAGAAGCACAUGUUGGCAUAGGAAUCAUGGGUAAAGAAGGAAGACAAGCUGCAAGAAACAGUGACUAUGCAAUAGCUAGAUUUAAAUUCCUCUCCAAAUUGCUUUUUGUUCAUGGUCAUUUUUAUUAUAUUAGAAUAGCUACCCUUGUACAGUAUUUUUUUUAUAAGAAUGUGUGCUUUAUCACACCCCAAUUUUUAUAUCAGUUCUACUGUUUGUUUUCUCAGCAAACACUGUAUGACAGCGUGUACCUGACUUUAUACAAUAUUUGUUUUACUUCCCUACCUAUACUGAUAUAUAGUCUGUUGGAACAGCAUAUAGACCCUCACGUAUUACAGAGCAAGCCUACCCUCUAUCGAGACAUUAGUAAAAACCGUCAACUAAGCAUUAAAACAUUUCUUUAUUGGACCAUCCUGGGUUUCAGUCAUGCCUUUAUUUUCUUUUUUGGAUCCUAUUUUCUAAUUGGAAAAGAUAUAUCUCUGCUUGGAAAUGGCCAGCUGUUGAAACCUAACCACCAAAUGAUGUUUGGAAACUGGACAUUUGGCACCUUGGUUUUCACAGUCAUGGUUAUUACAGUCACAGUCAAGAUGGCUUUGGAAACUCAUUUUUGGACCUGGAUCAACCAUCUUGUUACCUGGGGAUCUAUUAUAUUCUAUUUUGUAUUUUCUUUGUUUUAUGGAGGGAUUCUCUGGCCAUUUUUGGGCUCCCAGAAUAUGUACUUUGUAUUUAUUCAGCUCCUAUCAAGUGGUUCUGCUUGGUUUGCCAUAAUACUUAUGGUUGUUACAUGUCUACUACUUGAUAUUGUGAAGAAGGUAUUUGAACGACAGCUCCAUCCUACAAAUACUGAAAAGGCACAGAUGUACUCCAACACAGUUGCUUUAAGUGACGAGUUCAUCGCACUGCAGCCAUUGUCGAGGGCCAGGAAUCAGCUGAGCAAACUUAGCUUAUUAAAGCAAAUUCAAGUAUCAAGUGCUUGGACUCCAUGUGCUGUUUCUCAGAAGGAGAAACAGCGUGCGCAUCUGUUGGAAGAAUGCUGGAACGAGUAGUAGGAAGAUGUAGUCCGACCCAUGUCAGCAGAUCAUGGAGUGCAUCGGAUCCUUUCUAUACCAACGACAGGAGCAUCUUGACUCUCUCCACAAUGGACUCCUCUACUUGUUAAAGGGGCAGUAGUACUUUGUGGGAACCAUUUCAACUCCUUUCCUAAAAUUCAGUGUGAUCACCGUGAUAAUGGCCACACUAGUUCUGCAGAAUUACUUUCUGAAAUUUCAAAUAUUUCAUACUCAUUCAGAGUUAUAAUGGCAAACAAAAAGCAUUAACACAAACCCCUUUCAGCUCCCCUAACUUAAAUCUGAACAUGUCACAAUUCGUGAAACAGAUAUUUUCCAUCUCUUUGGGUUGUUCCUCGUGCUUAUGGGACUCCUAAUGGCAUUUCAGCCUCUUGCUAAGGCCACUAUAUUUUAAUAUCAAGGUAGAAAAGGGAGGUAAUUCCUAGUCAAUUGUAUUUUUUAGUAUUAGCUUGGUUAUUGAGUCUUCUAUUCAGAUCUGCUUCUGUAAAUUAUGCUGAAAAGUUUGCCUUGAAAACUCUAUUUUUUUAUUAGAGUUAUAUUUGAAGCUUUUCAUGCGAAAAGUUAAUGUGAAUAGAAAGGAAUUUUGGUCGCUCAGUGACCCAUGUUGUUAAUUCAUUAGUGCUUUCUAAGUUCACAGAGCAAAUUAGGAGAAUGCAUUUCCCACCAUUAUUUACUGCAUUAUGGGUAGUAACUAUAUACCAGUACCAAACUUCUCUAAAUACUGUAACACAACCAGUAAAAUUAACCACAUACAUGCAAAGGGUAUAUUAUAUAUAUAAAUCAGGAAUCAAGUCCAUUCACCAAAUUUCAAAUUGAUGUUUACUAUAUUUUUGUGACAGAAUACGAAGAACCUGUAGUGGGUAAAUUAUAUACCAUUAGCAUAUUAUUUAAUGUGUUUAUCAUUGGAUCUUUUGCAUGCUUUAAUCUGGUUAAUAUAUUUAAAUUUGCUUUUUUUCCCCUCUCUGAAGAAGGCUCUGUUUAUAGUAUUUUCUGACACUGUUGUAAAGUUCAACUAUAUCAAUAAAAAACAAGUUUGGACAGUA